CUUGUUCACUGUGUUCAUAUGCAUCACUUCUUUCUGUUUCUACAACGCGCUGACCUAUUUAAAUUCAGCGGGAUAUUUGUAUGCUGUUCUAGAGUAGAUAUAGGAAAUUGAUAUUUUGUGGAGAUAACAAUCUCCGAGUUCUAUAUUUUAUCACUAUUAAAUAGAGGAGUCCAAGCUUGUACGAGUGGAUUCUUGCUGACCGGUUACUUUUAGUAAAGUACAUAUUCGUUGGUUUUUAUAUUUGAGUUAAUGUAGCGACGAUUUUUACGAUAUGGAUCACCUAAAAUAAUUGCGUCUUCAUUUAGUCUUUUAUUAUUGAAGUAUCAAAGAAAAAGGGAAAAGCCGUGUUUAUGGAUAUUGUCAUGCAUGAGGGUAUCAGCUUUUUCCAGGACCAUGGAUAUGAUGCAGUCCUUUGAUUGUAGUCCUCUCUCUCUUACACAGCUUUAUUCCUAACCGUUAAAAAUUGAUAAAAUCAAAUCAGGAAUGCGAGAAUUUCAUGGCCUGCUGUAAUUUAUUUGUCAUCCGAAUUCACUCCUUACUUGAACCGCUUUUAGUGAUAUAUAUCUUACUGUUAAUAUACUGUAUGCAGAUCAGGAUCUUUUGCGAUGAAAAAAUAUAGGUAUUUGCUUGGUGUAACACGUCCUCGAUAUUAUUUCUUAUACUUUCUUAACUUCAUGACUAACUCUACUCAUUACUGAAAAUGAUGGAAUGCUGAACAAGUGUUUUGUUCCUAUUUCUGUAUUUUAAUUGAAAUCAGUUUAGUAAACUCAGUGGUUUCAGAUAGAGGUGUUUAAUGCCUGAAUUCUUUCUUAGCUUGAAGGCAAAAUUAUUUUUAGAUAAAGACAGAUCAACAUGACAUGCAGAAUUGUAUUGGUUCAACUUUCAACACUUCAAAACAAUUAGGAGUAGGAUACCAAUUUGCGCAAAUACGGUGUAAGGAGAGAAAAUACAACUCUGAAGGGUUUUCUUCAGUCCUCUAUGAUAAAAAAUACUAUGCUAAAGGUAGCUUCUGCUAAUCUAUGAAAUAUAUAUCUCCGGGGAGAUCCGACUUCCCUUUAAAGGCGCUUGCAUAAGGAAUGUAUGCCUCGAUCCAGUAAAAAGAUUUAAUAAGUGUUUACGUAGAUACCACGGUGAUUGAUUUCCGUGAGAAAUGCUAAGGGUCUGCAGUCGUUAGUUCGCCAUAUCCUAAGGAAUCCAUGUAUUUAUAAAGGUUAUUUUGUACUUUACUAAUACUAGAUAAGUUUAUUUUAUGUAAUACAGUGAUACGGUAUUCAUAUAAAUGAUAAUGAACGAUACAUUUAGUUCGAAACAGUAUCCUUUUACUUUUAUUAUUUAUUUAUUUAAAACAAUAUUGGUAAAGUAUGACACCAAGAAGAUGUGCCACACAACAGUAAUAAAACAACAUAUCCAGUUAUCGAUACUGUGUCCAUGUUUUAUACGAAAAAUCGCAUCUAGUAUAGAAUUGUACGCUACCACACUGCCCAAAUUCUACAGUUACAUUAAUUCUGGUUAUUUCAACAUGAUCCUAAUCCGCUUGAUGUUGUGAACCUUGUUAAAAGAUGGUUCGAUGCUUCUAUGCCAUUCUACCACAUUGUUCAGUAUAUUACUACAUUUUCGUCAACCAACUCGCUUCCGUCGAGUGAAAUACCGUCUAACCUAAUCACUUGUAGGUAGGGUUAAAUCCGAAAAUUUUACUACUAAAGGUGGCUCUUCAAUGAUUUAAUUUUGUAAGUGGAUAAUUUGAUUGGUUACACCUAGUAGUGCAUAAAAGAUGUAAACCGAUUGGUGAAGCUGUAGAUCUCUUAUAUCAAGUUACUGAAGUAGAAAUACGCCGUAAGAAAGUUUGAAGUGAUGCGGACAAAACAGGCUAAUGGUUUCUAAUUGCCAGCGUAAAUAUUAUGGGAGAGUAUGGCCUUUCUAGUUACAACCAGGAAUUUACAUUUGAAACCUAGAUAAUUCAGUUUAAAAAUCAUUACAGUAUUUCAGGUAUCGUAGUGACUAACAUCACCGUCGAUGCCGCUAGGUAGCAUGUAAUUCCUGUGUGUGUAUGAAGCCUCACAUUCAUCUAUCUUUUAAUAAUGCUUAAUUUACAAGCAUGUGGUCUCUAUGCUGCAUUAUUCCUACACUUGUUUAACAGGUCACAUGCUCAUAUUUGUCAUGUUUUACCUGAUUUAUUUUACAAAUUAUCAUAAAGUUGAUGGAAUCACCUGUGCUUUCGGUUUUCAAGCAAAUAACAAUAGUAUCAGAAGUAGAAAGUGUGCUACAGGUUUAGAGCACUGUUUAAUCACCCUUAGUCGUGAAACAGUCAGUCAAACAUAUGAACUACACAGCUUCGAUUGUUGGCCGUGGCCAGAAUUGGGAAAUAAAUGUCCUAAUGUUAGUGGAGUAUGUCAUGUCCUACAUAGAUCUAAAGAUGAUUUGCAUAAAACUUGCUGCUGUUACGGUCAUAUGUGCAAUAAUGAGACUCUUGAUAUCGUUCCAACAUCUGAAGAUAUAGGUGAAUUUCACAAAAAUGGUCUCGGUCACUUUGGUUUACGAGUGCCUGGUCGUGAUUCAAACGUGGUUGCAGCUCUUCAGGAUCUAUUCAACUCAGGCAUCGUUUCUUCUUUGAAUUCAGAUUCAUAUGAAGAUCCUUCAAAAGAUCGUUUACUGGUUUCUUCAUUACGCAUAUUUGUCAUUUGUGGAAUACUUCUUUCAACUGUAUGCACAAUUAUUCUAAUUGUGUUUUGUUUAUCUCCACGAUAUAAAAAAGUUAGAAUGAAAAUUUUCUUUCCACGCAAUCAUUCAUCAUCUUCACAAUACUAUCAAAAUGGAUUAGAUAAUCGUGUGCGUAGGCCAUUACCAAUAAUCGAUUGUUUUCAUUGUCCAAAAAGUUCGUCUUUCAAGUCAUCUUAUGCCGGUGAUUGUGUUAUUAGUUAUCCUGUUCAAAAUUCUGAAGUUACACAUCAUUGCAUUUCUAAUAGUGGGGAUAAUCCGCCUAAAGGUUGUUCAUAUACUGAAUCAAUUGGUAGUGAAUUUGUAUUCUGUGAUAUAUCAGAACAUGGAUCAACUACAAUUACAGAAAUAGCUAAUCUACAGCUUGUAGCUAAAUUUUGUCGAAAAGGAAAAUUAAUUGGUCGUGGACGUUUUGCUGAAGUAUGGCUUGCCAGUGUCCCUUUAUCAGUAAUUACUAAUCAAAUAAAAAUGACUCAGGAUUUUCUACGCCUUUUAAAUAAUCAUGAAAACAAUCAUAGUAAUGGUAUAAAAUUGAAUCAAUCAACUAAUGGAUCAGUUCUGGGGAAUAAUUCAAAUGCUAAUUCAUCUUGGCAUUUAUUCUGUUGUCAAUCAGAUAAUAAAAUGAAAAUGAUAUCUAGUGACACAAUGAAACGAAAUAACUCAAAUACAUCAUCAUUAUUUCUUGAAUCUCAUACGCAUAUACCUAUGGAUUAUUUUUACAGUGUCAAAAGUGACUCUUCUCAAUCGAAAAUCUCAUCUAAAGAAUGCGUAGAAGCAAAAGGUAUGCAUCUUAAUGAAACUACCUCGCCUUUAUUAUUAUCAACAACUGAUUCAUCAAUUAAUCUAAAGAGGAAUUCAUUAAUUAAUGAUGAUAAUUCUGUCAUUGAUGAACCUUCUAUGCCUGUGGCUGUGAAAACAUUCACUUCGAAUGAAUAUGAAUCUUGGCGGACAGAAUUAAGUAUUUUCAAGGCUAUUCAUGCGAUAAACAGACGAUUUUCUUCGAUUACACCCCCUCCAUCUACUACUGCUAAUGCCAUCGCCGCUGCUGCUAGUACAACCACUCCUACUUGUACAAUUGGUGGUACAAAUUCAUGUGAUGUAAACAGUAUUCAUCAAAUGCUAAAACAUAUUGGACAUCCUAAUAUUGUUUUAUUAUUGGGGGCAGGAUCGGUUCAACUGUGUCAAUCUUCAAUUACAGAAUAUCGUUUAGUAAUGGAAUUCGCCUCGUCUGGUUCAUUACGUCAACUCUUAUCAAAUGGUAGUUGGUUGUCAUUUAAACGUAUACUAAAAAUUUCUGAUGAUAUUGUUCAAGGCUUAGGAUUUCUUCAUAGUGAUUUGGUGAAUAAAAAACAAUUGAAUGGUCGUACUGUUAUCUUUCCUAAAUAUCCAGUAGCUCAUCGUGAUUUAAAACCAGAGAAUAUAUUAAUACGUGAUGAUGGUAGCGUUUGCCUGUCAGAUUUUGGUCAGUCUAUUUGUCUAGCCGAGAUUCCACCGAAUAGUCCAACAUCGAAUAAUUCGUGUAGAACAUCAUUACAAGAUGUGCUAACUACAACAUAUUCAGUUAGUUCAGCAUUGGAGUCUUUGCCAAAGGCUGGUACUUUAAGAUACCAAGCUCCAGAAAUUAUUGAUGGCGCUAUCUCUUUCACCGGUUGGGCUUUAUUACGUACAGAUAUAUAUUCCUUAGGAUUAAUUUUGUGGGAAUUGCUGACAUCGGUUCGUGUACCUGUUGAAUAUGAAAAAUUCCCAGAAGAAGAUUGUGAUGAUAUCAAUGAAGUAGACUUGAAAUUGAUUGACUCUGUUCCGAAUAUGACCUCGUCAUCGAUUAGUUCUGAUUUCCAUACAAUAAAUGAUGUACACCUUGAUUUCAAUGAUUUAAAUGAAGACAGAGAUUAUCAUACACCAGAGCACAGAAAAGCAAAGAAACGGCAUCAUUGGCUACCGUAUGAAAAAGAACUAGGAUCAUAUCAUACUUCAUCUGCUGCUUUACAACAAUUGGUUUGUUUAGAAAAAUAUCGUCCAAUAUGUUAUCCAUCAUGGUGUCAUUCAUCUUUGAUGACAAGCUUUUAUCGAACAAUCAGUGAAUGCUGGGAUCAUGAUCCAGAAGCACGUCUUACAGCAGAUUGUAUUUUGAAACGUAUUCGUUCAUUAAACGCUCAACUGAUUAAAUCUAAAAAUUCAGUAUAAAAUGGUGGGGAGGGGAGGAUUUAGAGGUGACGGAAAGAAAUGAUGACACGUUAAAAUAAAUUUCAGUUAUAGCUCAGGAUUUAAUGCAAUAUAUACAUAUAUAUAUGUAUAUAUUAUACCCAACACAAUAUAUAACAAAAAAUGACAACGUCAGGAAUAAUCUCGUGAUCAAGCGUCAUUCACUUACUCACUCACCUGCAUAUAUAUAUAUGCAUGCCAAUGUCUAUAUUAUCAAUAUGUAUAAUCAUGAGCAUAUGUCAUUACCUAUUUCUCACAUCAUUCAAUAUUCAUUCCAUAUCACAUAUGACAAUGUUAGUUGAGUUUCCUCCUUGUUUUCUUUAAUUAAGACAUUCCUUUCUCUUCUUCCUUGUGUAUUCUUAGGCACCUGUUAUUGUUACGAUUAUUAUUAUUAUUACUAUAAUUCCUCUCUUAUCAUCCAUUUUGCGCAGUACAUACAUGAUUAAUCCUUUUUUCUUUUAGUAUGUAGUUUGUUUCUUGUAGUGUCACAGUGUGAUUCAUCAUCAUCAUCAUCGGUAUCGUCAUCACAUCAACAACAUUAUCACUGGAAGACUAAACAAUUAUAAUGCUACCUCUAGUGUAAAUUUGUUUGUUUGAAUUUUAUUAUUUGUAAACUAUUAUUGUUAAUACUACUGUAACCUCUUUCAUGCCUAUUUCAAUUGGCAUCAUAACUUAUAUGAAUAUUCUCAUAGACGCCACCUCAUAGACAGUUAUGGUGCUCGUGUAUCCGCAUGAGAUCACAUGGGAGAUAGAGAGACAGAUAGGGAGAGAGGGAGAAGGGUGCAUCGUCUAUCUCAGGGUUUAUUCGAUGCACUUUAUGUGUUGUCUUAAUACCUUUGAUGUGCUUCAUUUAACAGUGUUCCUUCCUUGUCAUAUUUCUUUUUUCUUUCUUUUGUCCGGCUAAUGUUUUUAUUCAAUCUUUGAACUUUAUCUUGUUUCGAUAUAUAUACAUAUAUAACCCAUGUUUUCAUUUGAUUGUGCUCAAAUCUCUAGUCAUACUUUACUCUCUCCCUUUCUCUCUCCAUAUAUAUAUAGCAGAACAAAAGGAAAAUCAAGAAGUACCCUUGUAUCCCCUUUCAUCUGGUUCUUUUCCUGCCGAAUGCUUCAUUUGUGAAUAAUAUUUUAUUUAAUCUUCCCGUUUAUUUGUUUGUUUUUUCACAGCUUAUUUAUUCUUUGAGAUUUUCAAAUAUAAUGCAAUCCUCCGACAAUUCUUGCCGGUAGUUGCAUUUUUAUUCCCCUUUGGGUGUUGUUGUUAUCGUUAUUAUUGUUAUUGUUAUUAUUUUUGUUGUGGUGUUGGAGGUUGAAGUUGAAGUUUUACAGUUGGUUCUAGGAACUGAAAAAAUGCAAUCACAGAACUCUUAAGAGCAUUUAAUCAUGAAAGUAUAUAUAUAUAUAUAUAUAUAU